CGGCCUCCCUGGAGCGACGUCACUUCCGGCCCGUCCGGUGGCUUCCUGCGGCGGCCGCACGCUCCUGUCUUUUCCGCCGCCAUCAUGGGUCGCAUGCACGCUCCCGGGAAGGGCCUGUCCCAGUCGGCGCUGCCCUAUCGCCGCAGCGUCCCGACGUGGCUGAAGCUCACGUCCGACGACGUGAAGGAGCAGAUCUACAAGCUGGCCAAGAAGGGCCUGACGCCGUCCCAGAUCGGUGUCAUCCUGAGAGACUCCCAUGGUGUCGCCCAAGUGCGCUUUGUGACGGGCAAUAAGAUCCUCAGAAUCCUGAAGUCUAAAGGACUUGCCCCUGAUCUUCCUGAGGAUCUCUACCACCUAAUUAAGAAAGCUGUUGCUGUCCGGAAACAUCUUGAGAGGAACAGGAAGGAUAAGGAUGCUAAAUUCCGUCUGAUUCUCAUUGAGAGUCGUAUUCACCGUUUGGCCCGAUACUACAAGACCAAACGAGUCCUCCCCCCCAAUUGGAAAUAUGAAUCAUCAACAGCCUCUGCCUUGGUCGCAUAAAUUUGUGUAUUAAAGCAAUAAAAUCUUUGUUUAACUAGAAA